AUGGCGACCGUCAGCGCUGCGACCCCGAACGGUCACCCGCAGCCGCCACCACAAGUCCAGGCGGAGCUUAAUGAUAUCCUCGCCAAAGACGCGGACAAGAACCGUGUCGCGGUACACACCUUCGACCCAGAUGCCACCCCAGAACAGAAGGCCGCCGCCGCUGGGUCGCAGAAAGACAAGCUAAAGAGCGGUAAAGACGAUAUUAGAACAGAAGCCACAGCACUUACCGUCGACAACGGAAGUGCCGAUGUGGUGCCCACUAUCACCGUGGAAGACGUUGACGUAGAGAAAACAGAGAGCAGCGCCCGACCAGAGGUAACAACUUCGUCAGCUGAACCACAGAUCCCGGGUGCAAUACCCGUGGCGGCGACCCCCGCGAUCCCAGAGUGGUACAAGGUUGGCUGGCGUGAGGUGUCCGGUAUUGAGUCCGUGAUACCAGAGGGCGAAACCAGGGACAAGGCCGUCCUAGAGCUGUUCUUGAAUGAGCAGUUCUACGGUGAUUGGUACCACAAUGCAUUCCUGAUAGUGACGGUGGUCGUGAUCACACACUUCCUCACUCGCUUCAAUUUCGGCUGGGGAUGGUUGUUCAUCCUCCUCGCAUUUUGCAAUACAUACUACUCCACCUCUAUGUCUCGGGUCCGGCGGCGGGCAAGAGAUGACAUUCAACGCGAGCUCGUGAAGACGCGUUUGGACUCUGACUUCGAAUCAGCGGACUGGGUCAACAAUUUCCUAGACCGUUUCUGGCUUAUCUAUGAACCUGUGCUUUCACAAACAAUCGUAGCUUCGGUUGACCAAGUUCUGAGCACGAACUGCCCCCCAUUCUUAGACUCCCUCCGCUUGAGCACUUUCACGCUUGGGACGAAGGCUCCUAGAAUUGACAAGGUCAAGACCUCUCCUAGGACGCAGGAUGAUGUCGUCCUCAUGGAAUGGGCAUUGUCGUUCACCCCUAACGACACCUCGGAGAUGACAAAGAAGCAGAAGGAGGCAAAAGUCAACCCGAAGAUUGUGCUGUCUGUUCGGCUAGGGAAGGGUGUCGCUAGCGCAGUGAUGCCAAUCCUGUUGGAAGACAUCAGCUUUUCAGGCCUACUCAGAAUCCGCCUCAAGUUGAUGACCACUUUCCCGCAUAUUCAGUUGGCGGACCUGUCGUUCAUUGAGAAGCCUGUGAUCGAUUAUGUCCUCAAACCCAUCGGUGGUGACACUUUCGGUUUCGAUGUUGCCAACAUUCCUGGCCUCUCAAGUUUCAUACGUGACAUGGUGCAUGGAACAUUGGGACCCAUGAUGUACGAUCCGAACGUCUUCACACUUAACCUUGAGCAGCUCCUCUCGGGCGAGGCACUUGACACCGCGGCCGGUGUCCUCCAGGUCCAUGUUCAUUCUGCUAGAGGCAUUAAGGGCGUGAAGCUUGGUGGCGGGACGCCUGACCCCUUCGUUAGUCUUAGCAUCAACAACAGAGCACAGCUCGCGAAGACCAAGUACAAGCAUAGCACGACGAACCCUUCAUGGAUGGAGACGAAGUUUUUACUUGUCAACAACCUUACAGAGACGCUUGUGCUCUCUCUGCUUGACUACAAUGACCAUCGUAAGAACACCGAGCUCGGGAACGCGAACUUUGAUCUCUCGAAGUUGCGUGAGGAUGCGUCGCAUGAGGGCGUCGAGGCUCCGGUGCUGAAGGACGGCAAGGAGAGAGGGAUGGUGCGGUUUGACGUAAGCUUCUACCCCGUCCUGAUGCCUGAGGCAGGAACUCUCGAGCUUCCAGAGAGUAAGGUCGGCAUCGUGCGCUUGAUGCUGCACCAGGCGAAGGACCUGGACCACACGAAGUCCAUGACAGGCGACCUCAACCCAUUUAUGAAGGUCUUCCUGGGCAACUCCAGGAAUGCCCUCCACUCGACCGGCAAGGUGAAGCACACGAACAAUCCCGUCUGGGAGUCCGCCGCCGAAUUCCUCUGCACGGACAGGGCCACCUCCGUCAUCACUUUGAAGGUCGUCGACGACCGCGACUUCAUGAAGGACCCCGUCGUCGGGUACAUGACUGUCCGGCUCGAGGACCUGCUCGCCACGAGCAAGGAGGCGGGUCGCGACUGGUGGCCGCUCAGCGGCUGCAAGAGCGGGAAGGUAAGGCUCAGCGUCGAGUGGAAGCCGUUGAACAUACCUGGGGCACUGCACGGCGCGGACCAGUACGUGCCCCCCAUUGGCGUCGUGCGGCUGUGGCUGCAGAAGGCGACGGAUGUCAAGAACGUCGAAGCCGCGUUGGGUGGAAAGAGCGACCCGUAUGUGCGUGUGCAAAUCAACAAUGUUACCCAAGGCAGGACGGAGGUGGUCAACAACAACUUGAAUCCAGAAUGGGACCAGAUCAUCUACGUUCCCGUGCAUUCACUGAAGGAGAUCAUGACGCUCGAGUGUAUGGACUACCAAUACUUGACGAAGGAUCGUUCCCUCGGGUAUGUUGAGCUCAAGGUUUCCGACCUGGCGCGGUCUUCAGAAGGAGGCGAGUAUCGCCACGCUCCGACUGGCAAGAAGGUCGCUGCGGAACCCAUCAAGCUCGAUAAAGGUGGACUCAAGGGCAACUUGCACUACGAAGCUGAGUUCAUCCCUGCGCUCCCCGUCAAGGACGUCAAGUUCGAGACGGGAGUCAACGAGAUCCAGCGUGCGUCGCAGCGCAACGGAGAGAGCGACGGCGAUACGGUUCUCGACGAUGCCGGGUCCGGUAGGUCGUCGGAGGAGGAGACCGUGCCUGAAGGUAUUACUGCUUCCGGCCCCCUCAGCCCUCUAAGCCCGGCGUUCAAGAUCGUAAAUGAGAAUGGGACUGCUAAGGCCAACGGCAAUGGUACUGCGCACAAGAAGACCAACUCGAACGAUACUGCUAUUAGUGCCGAGUCUGCGGAUACUACUCCGACUACGGAUGUCGCCAAGGCGGAGGGCAAGCGGGAGGAUGAAGGCUUGGAGCUCAGUAAAGAUGAGCUCCUCAAACACCAGUCUGGUGUUAUCAUCUUCAACGUCAUCUCUGGACAUCUACAGAAGAAGGCGCGGCUCGAGGUACUCUUGGAUGACGCGUAUUGGCCUGCAUUCAGCACCGUGCGGGCCCAUGCACACAAUGUGCACUGGGAGUACAUCGGCGAGGGCGUCAUCAAGGAGCUCGAUUUCGGCCGCGUGUGGCUCCGGCUCAACGAGGCGGAUGAGGGCGAUAAGGACGACGUCUACGCUGAGUACAAGGGGGAGGCCAAGACGUUCUUAAAGCAGACCCUCGACUGUCCAUCCACUUUCACCCUCCUUCAUAAAGAUGACCCAGAGAAGACGUCAACGAUCGAGAUCGAGACUCGCUAUGUACCUGUUCCUAUGACGCUGCAACCCAGAGAGAGUAUCAACAACCAGGGAAGUCUUUCUGUCGAGCUAUUCGACGGUCGUGACAUCCCAGCUGUCGACAGAGGAGGCAAGUCGGAUCCCUUCGUUGUGUUCUCUCUCAACGGGCAGAGGAUAUACAAGUCGCAGACGAAAAAGAAGACGCUUACUCCGGAGUGGAAUGAGCGCUUCGAGGUGGCUGUGCCUUCACGGGUUGCCGGUAACUUCAUGUUGGAGGUAUUCGAUUGGAACCAGAUUGAACAGGCCAAGAGUCUUGGACUUGGCAAGAUCCAACUUGAUGACCUGGAACCAUUUGAAGUGGCCGAGCGAGUUAUCCCUCUAUCUUCGCCGAAGCAUGGAGAGAAGGGCAGCAUCAGGGUCUCCCUACUGUUCCGUCCUGAGAUCAUCGUCAAGACACGCAAGAAUACGUCGACUUUCUCCACUGCGGGCCGAACAAUGACUCAGAUCGGCCACCUCCCUGUUGGCGCAGGCAAGGGCGUCAUGUCAAGUGUUACGGGUGUGUUCAAGCGGGACUUUGUGAAGACCAACGGUUCCGUCGAUUCCGACCUUGAGAAGCCUCCGGUUCCGGAACUGCCUGCGGGACAGUCCUCCAGACCCGCGGGUGGGUUGGCUGCGCCAGCCAGCGUGGGGACAGCUGCAGCUGCCUUCCCCCACAUCACUGCUGCUGGGGAGAGUGCGCCGGGUCACGCCCAGGAGCCUGGCACAUUACGAGUCAUGGUUCUGGAUGCGAAGGACCUGUCUCCUGGGGAUGCGAAACCUUAUGUCCAAAUUCGCGUCGGUGAUAGGCAGUACAAGACGAAACACGCGUCGAAGACAGCAAUGCCAGAAUGGAAUGAGUCGUUUACAUUCGCGGCAGCUCCUGCAGUCCAGACCAAAAUGUACGCAUGGGUCUACGAUCACAAGACUCUGGGGAAGGAUAAGGAACUGGGCUCCGCCGAGAUUGACCUUUGGCGACAUCUACAGCCUGGAAGUGGCGUAUCCACGGCCGACGUCUUUGCUGAGUUGCGUGAGGGACAGGGUCUCUUACGUUUGCGCUUGGAGUUCGAUCCUGACGCCAGUGGCAACCUCCCAAGCAGUCGAUCGCGUUCGUCCUUCCAGUCAAUGGACCGUACCAUAUCUGCCCCCACAUCGCCAUCAAGAUUUAGCUUGAGCGGUCGUCGAAAAGCGGAUCGCGACGAUUGA